AUGGCGCCCUCGCAACACUCCCGGCGUCGCCCUGGGUUCUUCUCCUGGUCACAGACAGCCGUGGCUGCGGCAGUUGCCAUUAUCACCGUGAUGGCAGUUUUACCCCAGGCUCAGGCAUCGGAGUCUGUCGGUGAACAGCAGCGCAGGGAUAUACCAGCCGGGAAGCGAAAUGUCAUCCUCAUGGUUUCCGAUGGAAUGGGCCCUCAAAGUGUCGAUAUGGCUCGAGCCUUCCGAAAGUGGCAGACUGGCAACGAGCACGUCCUCUACCUAGACGACCACCUGAUCGGCCAGUCGCGUACCAGAUCCUCCAAUAGCCCGAUCACCGACUCUGCAGCUGGUGCCACCGCAUUUUCUUGUGGAAAGAAGACCUACAACGGUGCUAUCGCUGUUCUGCCCGAUCACACCCCUUGUGGUACCGUCCUAGAGGGUGCAAAGGCCGCCGGAUAUAGAACUGGUUUGGUUGCUACUACAAGAAUCACCGAUGCCACCCCUGCGGUGUUUGCUGCCCAUGCCAACUCGCGCUCCUACGAGGAUUUGAUUGCAGAGCAGGAAAUCGGAGAACACCACCCAUUGGGCCGCCAACUUGACCUUCUUCUUGGAGGAGGGAGAUGCCAUUUCCUUCCAGGCAGCAACGGUGGCUGCCGUGACGACAACAAGGACAUUAUCAAACUUGCCAAGUCCAAAGGCUUCUCAUAUGUUGGUGAUCGUAGGGGAUUUGACGGCUUGAAGGGAGGAGCUGCUGCCAAGCUCCCUCUACUUGGGCUCUUCGCUGAUGACAACAUUCCCUUUGAGAUUGACCGCCGAUAUCAGAAUAACGUGUACCCUUCCCUUGAGGAGAUGACGCGUACUGCGUUGAAAGCACUGAGCGAUGCCACUCGUGAUAGCAACCAAGGUUUCUUCAUUAUGAUCGAAGGUUCCCGUAUUGAUCAUGCCGGUCACGGAAAUGAUCCUGCUGCCCAAGUCCAUGAGGUUGUCGCCUUUGAUAGAGCCUUUGCCGCUGUCUUGGAAUUUCUCGAGCAAGAUUCUACACCCGGAAUCCUGAUCAGUACCUCGGACCACGAAACUGGUGGUUUGUCGGCUGGUAGAGCGCGCCCGAAUAUUCUCAACAACGCUUCCCACUCCGCUGAGUAUCUGGGAGAAGUCCUCGAAAACCACGGUGGCGACCAUGACGUUGCUCGCCAGCUUGUGGAGGAGGGUCUUGGAAUUCACGAUGCAUCCGAUCGUGAAAUUGACUCUGUUGUUCGUAACGGAGAGGAAGGUUUUGCUGAAUUGAUCAGCCAGCGGGCCCAGGUUGGAUGGUCGACUGGUGGCCACACCGCUGUCAACGUUAAUAUCUAUGCUUCUUCCCGCGAAGAUGCCAGCGCUCUUGUAGGUACUCAUGAAAAUACGGAGAUCGGAAACUUCCUAGCGAAAUAUCUUCGGGUAGAUCUCAACGCUAUCACAAAGCGCCUAGAGGGCAUCAGGACCACACCACGCCGUAGAGCCUUGUCAGACUCGUCUUGGAUGGGUAAACCACUAUCUGCCGAGGACCUCGAGGAGCUGAAGCACAGACACGGCAACUAUACCACCAAGGCAUAA